AGUCGGCUGACAACACCACACAGUCGCUCAGGUAUAGGCGACAGAGAAAAAAUGGCGUCCUUGCAUCAAGUCCUGCUCUUUGUUUCUCUUAUGGUCGGGCUAGCGGCUUCAAUACCCGAAAAAUGUCGCAUACCCGACGAGGACUUGGAGGUUCUGACGGAGCGCUUUCUGGCUCAGAUGCCAAACGAGUACAUUUUUCGUAGAGGAUCAAACAACUCGUCCAAGGGCAACGAAGUACUCCCUGGCAUCACCACAGGCGAGACUACCUUAACCGGUCUGUCUCAUUUGGAGCGCUACGGCACCCUCCGUGUCUACUGCAAGAACGCCAAGCCUCGCGUUGACGUUAGCCUGGUGUCCCGGGCACCACUGAAGAUUUCAAUCCCUUGGAAGUACUGCGGUGGCAAGUCCGGCGUCGUCGCCACACAUGCGAAUCACGUCAAGGUAUGCAUCAACUUCGAGGUGGACGAAGUGGAGAACAACGUGACGCUCCGGCCGGUCCGGGUCUCGCCGAAGUGGAUCGAAACACUGGACGUGAAAGUUGAAGGUGCGGGAGACACCGUCCAGACGGUUGCUUCAAUCUUGGGAAAGAUAAUGUCGGCGUUCGUGAAGGAUUUCUGGAUUGAGAAUCUGCCCUGGAGGAUGCACAAGGUUCUCGAACAGAUUAGGAAGUGAUGGCACAGGCAGUCGACCGGCGGUCCUGACUUCGUCAAGGGUCACCAAUAUUUGGCUCCCCGAAUCCAUGGAGUUCUCAGAGCCACGCCUCAAUCAAGAAAUGUAUGAGUGUAUCUUUAAGUAGCAGGCUCACACAAAUAUUUCACUUAAUUGAAUCUGCCUACACACAGUAAGAAAACUGUUUUAGUAAUAAAAAAGAAAAGAACUAUAUCUGAAAC